AUGGAGAUUGGUGUGUGUCUAUGGGUUUUACUCUUGUUGGCGUGUCUUCUCUCCUCGGAGUCUAAGUACAUAAGGUACAACACUACGUCAAGCAUUGAUCCUAGGAAGCUCAAUGUUCACUUGGUCCCUCACACUCACGACGAUGUUGGAUGGUUGAAGACCAUUGAUCAGUACUACGUCGGUUCCAACAACUCCAUUCAGGGAGCGUGCGUUCAAAACGUGCUAGAUUCCUUGGUGCCUGCAUUGUUAGCAGACAAGAAUCGCAAGUUCAUAUAUGUUGAACAGGCAUUUUUCCAACGUUGGUGGAGAGAACAGAGUGAGGCUGUCAAGAACACAGUCAAGCAGCUGGUCAACUCUGGUCAACUGGAGUUCAUCAAUGGUGGUAUGUGUAUGCACGAUGAGGCUGCUACACAUUACAUUGACAUGAUUGAUCAGACAACCCUUGGACAUCAAUUUCUGAAAGAAGAAUUUGGUGUAACUCCGAGAAUAGGAUGGCAAAUUGAUCCAUUUGGACAUUCUGCAGUGCAGGCUUACUUGUUGGGAGCAGAGGUUGGAUUUGACUCUCUAUUCUUUGCACGGAUUGACUACCAAGACAGAGCUAAGAGGAAAGAUGAAAAAACUCUUGAAGUUGUGUGGCAAGGCUCUAAGAGCCUUGGUUCAUCUGCACAAAUAUUUUCUGGUGCGUUCCCUGAGAAUUAUGAACCUCCCAGUAAUUUCUACUAUGAAGUAAAUGAUGAUUCUCCGAUUGUCCAGGAUGAUGUCAAUUUGUUUGACUACAAUGUCCCUGAACGAGUAAAUGAGUUUGUCUCAGCCGCAAUAUCACAGGCCAAUAUUACGCGCACAAAUCAUAUAAUGUGGACAAUGGGGACAGAUUUCAAGUACCAAUAUGCACAUACCUGGUUUCGGCAACUGGACAAGUUUAUUCACUACGUCAAUCAAGAUGGCCGGGUUCAAGCACUAUAUUCAACCCCAUCAAUAUAUACUGAUGCAAAACAUGCUGCAAAUGAGGCCUGGCCAAUCAAGACUGAUGACUUCUUUCCGUAUGCUGAUCGAGUAAAUGCCUAUUGGACGGGGUAUUUUACAAGUAGGCCAGCUCUCAAAGGUUAUGUCAGAUUGAUGAGUGGCUACUACUUGGCAGCAAGGCAGUUGGAGUAUUUUAAAGGGAAGAGUGCCUUAGGUCCUAAAACUGACUAUUUGGCUGAUGCUUUGGCUGUUGCUCAACACCAUGAUGCGGUAUCUGGUACCGAAAAGCAGCAUGUGGCUAAUGAUUAUGCAAAACGACUUUCAAUAGGUUACACAGAGGCUGAGAAAGUUGUUGCAAUAUCACUUGCUUGCUUGACUGAGGCAACAACCAAAACUGGUUGUAAGAGUCCACAGAUUAAAUUUCAACAGUGUCCACUUCUGAACAUAAGUUACUGUCCCGCAUCAGAAGUUGACUUCUCAGAUGGGAAAGACCUGGUUGUUGUCGUUUACAAUCCUCUUGGAUGGAAAAGAGAGGAUGUUAUAAGGAUUCCUGCUGUCAACAAAAAUGUUGUUGUUCUGGAUUCCAGUGGAAAAGAAAUCCAAUCCCAGCUGCUGCCAAUACUUGAUGCUUUUCUUGGUUUAAGAAACUACCACACUGCUGCAUACCUAGGAGUGUCUCCAACUGUGACCCCUAAAUAUUGGCUUGCUUUUUCAGCAACUGUUCCCCCACUUGGUUUUAGCACUUACUAUGUAUCCAAAGCCAAACAAGCAGCUACCAUUUCAGAUACAGCAUCAGGGAGUCAGAGUGGUACAAUUGAAGUAGGCUUAGGAAACUUAAAACUAAUUUAUUCUGAGAAGGAAGGGAAACUUACUCAAUAUAUCAAUAGCAGAAGCAAGGUCAAAGAAUCUCUAGAGCAGGGAUACAAAUUUUACGCAGGGUAUGGAAAUGAUGAAACUGCUCAGGCGUCUGGAGCAUAUAUUUUUCGCCCCAAUGGUUCAUCAUCUCCCAUCAAAACCUACGGGAAGUCUCCUCUCACAGUUUUGCGGGGACCAAUUGUGCAUGAAGUGCAUCAGGAGAUCAAUUCAUGGAUAUAUCAGACCACCAGACUGUACAAAGGGAAAGAACAUGCUGAAGUUGAGUUUGUUGUUGGACCUAUACCCAUUGAUAAUGGAGUUGGCAAAGAAAUUGCAACUGAGAUUAAAACAAAUCUUGAAAGCAACAAAACCUUCUAUACUGAUUCCAAUGGACGUGAUUUCAUUGAACGGGUUCGAGACUAUAGAAAAGACUGGAACUUGGAAGUAAAUCAACCGGUUGCAGGAAAUUAUUACCCUAUCAAUCUUGGGAUUUACCUGAAAGAUAGAAGCAAAGAGUUCUCUGUAUUGGUAGAUAGAUCUGUGGGGGGCUCUAGCAUCAUAGAUGGGCAAAUGGAGCUAAUGGUUCAUAGGAGGUUACUUGAGGAUGAUUCCAGAGGUGUUGGAGAGGCACUGAAUGAAACAGUUUGCAUCCAUGAUAAGUGCACUGGGUUAACGGUACUAGGGAAAUAUUAUUUCAGAAUAGAUCCUAUAGGAGAGGGUGCUAGAUGGCGUAGAUCGUUUGGUCAGGAGAUAUAUUCACCACUUCUUUUAGCCUUCACAGAGAGUGAUGGUAACUGGAAAGAUUCUCAUGUCACAACCUUCUCGGGAAUAGAUUCCUCAUACAACUUACCAGAUAAUGUUGCAAUAAUAACCCUCCAGGAUCUGGGUGAUGGAAAAGUUCUCCUUCGGCUGGCACACUUAUAUGAGAUUGGCGAGGACAAGCAUCUUUCAGUUAAGGCAACUGUAGAACUUAAAAAAGUGUUCCCCGAUAAACAGAUAACCAAAACAACUGAGGUGAGCUUAUCAGCUAACCAAGAAAGAUCAGAAAUGGAGAGAAAGAGAUUAGUCUGGCAAGUUAAAGGGUCACCUCAAGAACCCCAUAUGUCAAGGGGAGGACCAGUAGAUCCAGAAAAGCUGCUUGUUGAACUUGCUCCCAUGGAAAUAAGAACCUUUGUUAUCAAUUUUAGGCACUACUAAAAAAAUAAGUAAUGCUGUUAGAAAUGUCCAACAUUCUGUGAGGCUUUCCAGUUCCUGUUCCUCAAUAUCGUGUAGGCCAACAACAGGAAAAAUGUUUUC